AUGAAUCUGAUAUCGGUGCAUCUUGGUUUCAGACCACCAUUGUCAAGCUCAUCAUCAUCAUCAUCACCACCAGCACCACCACCAGCACUAUUAUUUAGCAUGUCAUUUAAUAAUAGUAGUACUACUUUUUAUAUAUAUAUAUGUUACAAUUAA